CGUAUUGGUAUGCCAGUUAUAAUACGAAAUAAUGAUGCAACAGAAUUAUGUAUAACAAAAGGUCAAGAAGGUCAUGUCGUUGGAUGGGAUGCAAAGUUGGGCCUAAGUGGACAACGAAUCCUUGAAACUUUGUUUGUAAAGCUUGAUCGUCCUGCCAAGACAAUCAAGAUUGAGGGAUUGCCUGAAAAUGUAGUUCCACUAGUAAAGAACAGCAUGUCUAUUGAAUGUAUCUGUCCAAGUGAUGUUACUCUCGCUAUAUCCCGUUCUCAGGUGUCUGUGCUACCUAACUUUGCAAUGACAGACUAUGCAUCACAAGGAAAGACUCGUCCAUUCAAUGUAGUGGAUUUAAAUAGCUGUCGUAACCACCUAUCUUACUAUACUGCUCUUUCUAGAAGUGCAACAUGUGAAGGAACUGUAAUUGUACAAGGAUUUGAUCCAUCAAAGAUUACCUGUGGUGCAUCUGGUUAUCUUCGACAAGAGUUUAGAGAACUUGAGCUUCUUGAUGACAUUACCAACCUUAAAUACAAUGGCCAAUUACCUCCAUCAAUCAAUGGCCAACUGCGUAAUGCUCUCUUACGUCAGUAUCAACAGCUCAAAGGGAAGGGGUAUUGUCCACAAAAUGUGAUGGGGCCAAUUAGAUGGAGUGAAAUGUAUCCAAUGCAAACUUUUCAGGUGAUCACUGAUAGUUCAUGGACACUCACCACAAAAUCAACCACUAAUGCAACUGAAGAGGUUGAGAUCCAAUCACAAAAGAAAAGUAAAAAUGUCUCAGGUUAUUUUGUUCCUGCACAGGGAUCAAAGGCAAUUGCAUCUACACUCAAAAGAAAGGCAGAAGAGGAUCUAAAUACUGAUGGACCAAAGUCAAAGAAAAUUAGAGCCAGCUUUGGACCUACACCUGACAUUCCAGUUGGGAUUCUUUGGGAUUCGGUAAAUUACAGUUGCUCAUAUGAUUCUCUAUUUACAAUUUUGUGUGAGAUUUGGAUUUACAAUCCAAAAAGCUGGACAAAAACAUUUUCUUCAUUUGGGAAUCAAGGAAAAAUAUUAUCAGAAGGAUACAAAAAAGUUAUCAGAGGUCUGGAGACUUUGGAAAAUGUUCGAAAUGAUGUGCGUUCAUCACUUAAACAAGAAAAUUCAGAUUUAUUUCCAAGUGGACAAAUGGGGACUGAUAUCCGUGAUUUAAUCUCAUAUAUUUUUACUUCACAUCACAAUAUUAGCUUGGGCUACCGUAGAAUAUCAUGUGAUACAUGUGGUUUUUUUCAAGACUUGGAUAAUCCACCUGAAAGAGUGAUGUCAAUACUUGAUGGAACUUACAAGUCAAUCAAUGAAUGGUUGCAACAAUGGCUGAGGGAACCAAGCAUAUGUGAUUGUGGUGCACCGAUGGCAACUUCCCGAAUGUAUGACCAACCCCCUUCACUUCUUGUAUUCAGUUUGAAUACAAGUAGUGUCUCAAUUAGCAAAACCAUUCGUAUUAAAGGCUCCAAUGGUAAAUUCACAGUCCUUACACUGAGGGGCGUAAUUUAUUCUGGUGGAUUUCACUUCACAUCACGUAUAAUUAGCCCUGGAAAGGAAGUGUGGUAUCAUGAUGGUAUGGUGACUAAGAGAAAUUGUAUAAAGAAAGGGCAUAUAACUGAUUUUACUGAAGACUCUUUGAAGAUCUGUAGAGAGAAAAACUCUUCUGGUGAGUUGGUUGAGCGCCAAGCAGUUGUAGCAAUUUACUCUAAAAAGUGA